GACACGUGAGCAGUGCCACGUCAGACACAGUGCCACGUCAGUAGUGCCACGUCAGCAACAUGACAGGCCUGCCAGGCCAACUGGCCAAUGAGCCCAUUGCCGACUACAAAAAGCGCUUCCAGGCUCAGCUCGCUGUAAUCGAGGCUGAGGAACAACGCCAGCUGGCAGUCAAGGCUGCCCAGCUACAGGUUGAAGAAGCGGCAACAGCAGAGAAGCUGCGGCUACAGGCCGAAGCAGACGCAGAGGCCCAGGCUCGCUGCAAGGAAGCCCUGGAUCUGCUGCAGCGGCAUGAAGCCAACAGCAUCGAGAGACUCAAGUACUGGCACUUUGAACCAAAUGGUGACGAGGCAACACCGGAAGAACAACAUAAGGAGUUCAUGGCCAAGCUCGUGACCAGGUUGGUUUACGCAUGUAACCACCUACAGUCCGAGCUGGUGAACCUCCAGCGGGCCGUGCGGAACCAUAAGACUCAACACGAGGAUGCCACACGGACACUGGACGCCCGUGUACACGACUUGAAACAAGUACCACCAAGACCAGAUGCUGGGGCUUCCAGCAGUGCAUCCUCUAGCCGCCAACUUGAGGAACGCGUUGACCACGUAGUGACAAUGCUCGACGACAUCAGCACCUUCGCUGCGCCGACCACCAUCAGCAGCCAGUUGCAUACCUUGAAGAUCGAGUUCCAGCAGCUGCAGUCGAUGAACGCGGAUGGCAAUCCGAAGUUGUACAAGAUGCCAACUUUCCAACUGGACAGGUUCGACGACUACACGCAGCAGGAUCCGGUCCUCUGGUGGGAAACAUUCACAACGCAACUCAGGAUUGUGCCCGUCGCCAAGCACGAGUACAUCGGCGCUCUGUUCAUGAACUCAAAGGGCGGAUGCCAGACCUGGUUGACCCACCUGGCAACCUCCCACGACGUCAACGUACCGGACUUGAAGGACAAAAUCACAUGGGAAGAACUGACACGGCUGUGGAAGAAGCGGUUCAUCGUCGACGACGCGCCAACACUCACCAUCAACCGUCUGUUCACCAUGUCACAGGGCAACACCGCAACACGGGAUUGGCUCACGGAGUGGCAGAAGAUUGCGGCAGUGCCCAAUCUGGACUUGCCAUUCAUGCAUUAACCGAGAGUUCUACAACAGGUCCUAUGCUGCAUUGAGCCAGACUCUUGGUGAUCACGAGCAGUACUCAACCU